UUUUGUUGCACUGCGAUAGGCGUUCAAUGCUUUAUUUACACACAUUGAGAUGUGUGCCCGAAUCUAAGAAAUAAACCAGUGCGUAAUCCCGUGCUUAGUUGACUCAGUGGAAGCUCAGGCUGUGUUCAGUGCGUCAAAGCUCGAGAGCGUUUCGUUGUCGUUCCUUUACUUGCGCGCUUAAGCGAUUAUUUUUCCUUUGUUUAACCUGUAUUUUGAUUUGCUUUAAUUGUGAAAAUCGCGAUCCAUGCUUGGAGUUAUGACUACCAUGAACCAAAAAACUUUAAAGCGUAUAAAAGCAGUUCAGUUUCACUGUUCUGAUCAUUAAGCAUUCGGGAUUUAAUAUCCUCAAGAAACUAAAGAACACUUAAUUUGUGAGUAUUCGGAGAGUCGAGUCACGCGCAUCUAUGCAAAACUCGGCAAUCGCUUUACUGGAGUCGGCCACGGCAUUCGAGAGGGCGGUGCUGGAAUGUGAGCACCUGGAGGCGUCCGAGCACGGGGGGUUCCGGUGAGAGCGUUGGCGCGGCAGCGGUAUGGAAGAGCGCGGGCCCCCCGACGUGCCGCUGAUCGUGACGCCGCCGGGAGCGUGCACCGGCGCGGGCGCCGCGCUCACCACCUCGCGGCGCACCGCCUCUGCGCGCGGCUCUCGCGACGACCAGCUGCCCUCCGCUUGGCGCUCCUCAGUCCGUGUGCGCGACACCGGUUUUCGCGGCUCUCGCAAGAGCGUCGUACGUCUCGAACCACCCUGUAAUGGUCUCAACGGGCUACCCACUAUCGGCAAGGAGGUACUGUCACUGGGUACGGCAGCCGGCCACAAGGGAACUACUCAGCCUUCUCCCCCCUGUACUAUCCUUCACCAUUCUCCUUAUAAGGCCGCUUGGGAUUGGUUGAUCCUAAUAUUGGUCAUCUACACUGCAAUAUUUACUCCAUACGUGGCCGCGUUUCAACUUAAUGAGCCUGAUUUCGAUAAGCGCUCGCGGAGCUUCGGCGAGGAUCCUAUUGUCAUUAUUGAUAUGAUCGUGGACGUGACCUUCAUUAUCGACAUUUUGAUAAAUUUUCGCACGACGUAUGUGAACGCGGCCGACGAAGUGGAGUCUGACCCGGCCAAGAUCGCCAUGCACUACCUGCGCGGCUGGUUCCUCAUCGACCUGGUGGCCGCCAUUCCCUUCGACCUGCUGCUCUUUGGCACGGACACCGACGAAACAACGACGCUCAUCGGUCUGCUGAAGACAGCGCGCCUGCUCCGGCUAGUGCGGGUGGCGCGCAAAAUUGACCGGUACUCCGAAUAUGGCACUGCCGUCCUUCUCCUGCUUAUGGCCACUUUUGUGCUCAUUGCGCACUGGCUAGCCUGUUUGUGGUAUGCUAUAGGCAGCUGGGAGCGUCCUCAGCUUCACGCUCCUAUUGGCUGGCUGGAUGCGCUCGCUAACGAUGUCCAAGCAACUUACGACAAUUCUACUGGCCCGUCUAUGAGAUCUCGAUACAUCACCGCUCUGUACUUCACUUGUACCUCUCUGACGAGCGUCGGUUUUGGGAACGUCGCUCCAAACACUGACAUGGAAAAGGGCUUUACCAUAUUUGUGAUGCUGGUUGGAUCUCUCAUGUACGCCAGUAUAUUUGGAAACGUAUCAGCAAUUAUACAGCGACUGUACUCGGGAACUGCUAGAUAUCAUACACAGAUAUUAAGAGUGAGAGAAUUCAUUCGAUUUCAUCAGAUCGCGAAUCCACUUCGGCAAAGGUUAGAAGAGUACUUCCAACACGCAUGGAGCUACACAAAUGGCAUCGAUACGUCGAGCCUUUUAAAAGGAUUCCCGGAGUGCCUUCAAGCAGACAUAUGCUUGCAUCUUAAUCGCAAUCUACUCGCCAAUUGUUCCGCCUUUGAUGGUGCUAGUCCCGGUUGUCUAAGAGCACUGUCCCUGAGGUUUAAAACUACGCACGCACCUCCGGGCGAAACAUUAGUUCAUCGGGGUGACGUCCUCACCUCUCUUUAUUUCAUUUCAAGAGGAUCUAUAGAAAUUUUAAAAGAUGACAUCGUUAUGGCUAUUUUGGGCAAGGAUGACAUCUUCGGUGAGAACCCAUGCGUGUAUCCGACCGUCGGGCGCAGCAACUGUCGCGUGCGCGCGCUCACCUACUGCGACCUGCACCGGGUGCACCGCGACGACCUGCUCGACGUGCUCGACUUCUACCCGGAGUUCCGCGCCUCCUUCGUCACCAAUCUCGAUAUAUCCUACAUCAUGCGUGACGAAGAGCUGGGUGGCAUCGAACCUCGACGGCGCAUGCGCUACGAGAACCCGUGCGACGCGCGUCUGCUGCGCGAGGCAUACGCGCGCACCACUCGGCGCCCACACACCGAGACCUUCGCCGAAAAGGUGGACUCGCAGUGCAGUGACGACGACACGGAGUCGCCGCCGAGCCGCGGCAUCCUGGAGUUCUCGGCCGAGAAGGCGGGACAGGACGUCACCCCACUCAACUUCAACUUCUCCAAGCAGCGCUCCACCACGCUCAACUCCAUCACGGGCAUGCUAGCGCAACUUAAACGGAGCUUCCCAGACCUGUACCACCAUAAAACACAUCAGCCGCUGCACAACAAGUACUCCCAAUCUACCCCGCAAACUUAUAGAAGUAGAGCAGGUGUCAGGCGGCAGUCGUCAGUAGGGCCACUGAACGACACCUCGCCGCUGACUGGCGGGGCGGCAGCGGGAGUGGGCGCGGGGGAGGCAGCGGUCAGCACGCCCGCGCAUAGCGCCACGCUGCCCGUCUCCAGUCUCAGCACCAACCCCAGCUCCUACUACACGAAUGCGUCUCCCAGCCCGCCCGCCGUGCCCGCGCCGCCCGCGCCCGUCCACAUCUCCUGCGACGACAUCCUCACGCCAGCGGCGCCACCGCCCACUGCACCCACGCCCUCUUCUAGAUCUGCGCCUCAUUCCGCCCUUAACUUGCAUCAAGCCGGACGUCCUACAGCGCUUAUCUUCACAGCUGAACGCCAAAACGCCUCUUUACAGGAUAGUAUUUCACCUCAAUAUCAGAACGUGGGAACCGCGGCCACGGCCGCGUCGGUAGCGACGGUUCUGACGAGACUGGAUGAACUGAGCCGUCGAGUGGCCACACUGGAAAGCGGGCUUACCGCUGACGUGCGUCGAAUUCUGCACCUUUUGCAGACACGAGACCAGGCACCGCAUCAGAACUCUCAACCGGUGCACACUCCAUCCCAACCGAUUCAAAAGACCUCAUUGUCCGUGCCACAUGAUAAUCAAUGGGAUUGGAAUUGGAACGGUGACCGCGAGAAGGGUACAUUACGGUGCGGUCGCGGCGAGCGCGGCGGCCGAACAGAACGCGAGCGUACGCCGGUGGUGCAGCGGUCGGCGUCUGAGCCGCAUGCGCCCGUGCCGCCGGUGCUGCCGCCACCCCCGCACUCACACUCCUUCUAUAGGUAGUGGGAGGCAGGCGAGACGAGCGCUUCCCGCUGCCGGCGCUCGACGCGCUCGCUCGCCGAGUCCGCGUCGUGCGGCUCGUUGGCCGGCCAGCCCGGCGCGCCCGCGCCCCCGCCGUCGCGCACCCGCUUCCACUUCUGCAGGCGCAUCAUGCGCGCGCGCCAUGAUGACGCUCGCGGCUUCCUCUGAAGCCGUUCCGGCCCCCACCAUGGACCAAUUUUGUACUUCCAUUACAACUAAAUAAACACGUCCUCGCAUUAUGCGAGCGGGUGGAUACACUCGUACCAAGUCCAUUUGUAAUAAAGUAUAGUACUAAUAUAUUUCAGAAACCGAUUAGUACCUAAAUAAAAAAAACAUACCAUGACAAUGCUCUGUUGAUGGUAGGCACCAAAAAAUAUCACGGGCUGGAGUAAAUUGAGGAAGCAUCUUUGUUAUGUGAUGUAGCAGAAGUGUUACGAUUAGUGGUGAAUGGGUAUUAUAGUACCUAAAACUGAGUGCUUUAUGUUUCGUUGGUUUUAAAUGGCUUAUAAGAAAGCUCUUUACACAAUAAAAUUAAGUAUGCAUACUUAAAUAAAAUGAAAUAACAUUUACAAUAGCACUUAUUGGACAGUAUUAUCCGUCGACAUGAGGCUUACUACCAGCAAAAAAAAAAUACAAGUUUCAAAUUAUUUAAGGUUAGGUAAAUACAUGUAAUAAUUUUAGAUCUCAGCUGAUCAGAAUGAGGCUAAUAAGACUGAGAGACUACGUAACUACCGUGAACUUUUCCGGAAGCGAGGAACUAUAAACGCUUUCUACCCGUCCUUGCUUCUUGCCUUUACAUAUAGCUAGGUAAAGUCUUCUUCUCUAUGGUAAUACUUAUGUGCAAAUGAAAUUCUUCAUUUCGCUAUUAACGUAUACUCGUAUUAACCAAAGAUGUAUUCAAAGAUGCUUACAUAGUCUAACAAUAUUAUAUGAACAUAUGUUUUACUUCUAAACUCUAUAAUUUAACUGUCUUAUCCAAGUCUAAUCUUAAAACCUGACCUCUGUGAAGUUUUUGUGGUUAUUUGACCUACCCGAUAAAAGUAUCAAACAAGUACGAGUAUGUUCAUAGAGGUAGGUAUGUUAUGAUAACUCAAAGGUAUGUACAGUACAGACUCUAAUGCUUCGACGAAAUUUAAAUCAAAGUGCAUUACAUAUUUAAUCGUAAGGAACUAGAUAACCACAUUUCCGUUCGGCGGGAACUAGGCGCAGGCGCUCGCGCCCCUGCGGUGGCAGCUCAACAACACUUAUGUUCUAAUUUAACCUAGUUACGGAUACAUUAAGAAAUUGCCAAUAUGUCAUAUAAGCAAUAAUAAAUCCAUCAUACUUUAAGGGUUAACACUGUGAAUAUAACAAUCAUAUUUAACAUCUGUACCUAAUAAUUUAACUUAAGAAAACAGCUAGAACUAUUGCUAUACCUACUUACUACAAUUAUUAUUUAGUUUUUGCUAUAUUGUUACUAGUAAAAUAAAACUUCUAAGUGAUAUCACCAUCAGCUAUGUAGGCACUAAUAACAAAUAUAGAGUACCGAUUUUAAUUAUAGAUAUGUAUUCAAUAUUUUCAACAAGUAGGUAGGUACUUGAUCUGGAGGCACAUUCUGAUUGUAAAAACAGGUUAUCCAUAUGAUCUCAAUUUUUCAUGGAUAUGAUCUGUCAGUGUCAAAAGUGACGUUUCCUGUUAAAAAUCAUCAGAAUACGCCUCCUUGGUAAUAAGUUUCACGUCAUUCCAGCACAGUGCGCUUUGUCAAAAUCGUACAUAAGUAAAAAUGGGAGCAAAAUGCAAAUCAAGAAAUUUGUGUUCCUGUCCUGCCAUUUUUAUGUCGUAAAUAAAUAAUCGCUUUCCUUGAAAACUUUCAAAGAAAAUUGAUUUUCAUAUUUUCCGUAGCUUAAGAUGAAUAUGUUCGCAGGAUUCCUUUCAUGGCUAUGUAGUAUAAAAUUUUACCUCUACAGCUCAAAUUCUGAAAUUUAACCUCUAUCAUUCGGAAAAGAAACGUUUUCUUUUAUCCCCUAGUUAAGAAUAAGACCGUACUGUACGCGUAUGUAUAAUCACCUCUGUCAUAUGAAAUUUUCAUUAAUUUUACCACUGUAACUCGAAACCUCUUUAAGACGAAAAACCUCUUUUAAGUUGAUACCCUCUAUAAGACGAAAACUUGUUAACACGAUUUUUUAGGCGUUUCCAUUCAGAAUCGUGCUAUUGAGGUUCAACUGUAUAAAGAAUCCUCAAAUUUCACGCACUGCACUACAUUUUCACUGCCUUAAUGAGACUCUCGCCUGAGAUCUCUUUCGUGGUACGGCCCACUUCAUGUGCCACCGUUUAUAAUUAGUAUUACUUCUUAUUUAUUUAUUAUAAUUAGUCGUGACACAUAUGGACAUUGAGAAGGGCGGCCUUCUUCCUUAUAGCGAUGUCCCAAAAUAACAUAGAAGUCACGUGCUUUUGCUUACCAUUAUUUAAUUUUACCUUAAAUUUAACCUUAAACCUAUUAACCAAAAUUUCUGUGUGUACCUAAGUAAUUAUUAAAGACUAACAAAUGAGUUGCAUAUCAUCAGAUCUGGGUAGCCCUAGGUUUUGCUAUACUCUAUGAGUCAAAUAAUAAAAUCAUACGUGAAUAUUUAAGCGUAGGUAAGAACUUUUUAUCCCGAUGGAUUUCCCACAGAUGCCAUGUAAAACCACUUUUUAAUAUUGUAAAAACUUUUUGUUUCAAACUAAAAUCACACGAUAUUAUCAUAAGAACCGGAAUCACUAUGGUUAUUUGCACAAUAGAAAAAAAAAACAUAAUUUAUACAGUAACCUUAGAGAUUCCAAUUAUUGAUUUAAGAUCGGGUAUGAGCCUUACCCUAGUAUGCAUGAAAAAUUAUACCUACUUACUUGUUGUCUUCCUCCGGGAUGGUAAAAUUACUAUAUUUCUACUGUUUGAAUUUUAUUUAUUUUUGACAAUAUGUGCUCAUAAUAAGCGGUGGCAAUGAGUUCAAAGAAACUGAAAUUAUUAUGACGGUGAUUCAUUUUUCUUACAAAACAUUAAGUGUGCACCUGAUUUUUUGUAGGUAGGUAUAUUAAUUGGUUUAAGUAUCUAUAAAGGAGAACUGGAUUAAAUAAAAUUAAAUCAAAAGUGAAGUAAAAAAUUAAGAACAGGAAGUACUUUACCAAUAAUAUAUUUGGAAUAGAAGAAAUUAAUUCCGCGUACCUUCGUACGUUAAAACUGUGAUGUUGCAGUCAGACUCGAGCCAGGGUCACCACCCGCUAGAUUAAAACAUAUCUUGAAUAUGAAUUUAUGAUUGCUAAGGGUAUAGUGCGAUUGGAAGCGAAUCUUAAUGAUUGCUUAGUGUUUAAGUUGACAAUACUAAAUUUAAAUAUUUAUGUCUCCACAUUGUCUUUCACCUCCGCUUAACAGUUAAAGUUGAAAAAUUAUAAAUAUGUAAAUUAUAAAAUACUAAUUAUUAAAUAAUUAUAUUAGAGCUUUGCUACCCAUACGCUUCGUCAUUUCACCGAACAAAUACAGCGAUGUAUAUUGCUUUGUUUAAACAUAAUGUAUAUAUGUAGACAUUAUUAGGUUCGUAAAGUUUGUCAAUUGCCGUCUCGUCUGUCACCACCAUGUUUUUUUCUUUCAUUUGACUUAUCGUUAUUAUGAUAUGAACUAUAAUUGCCAAUUAAACAGUGAUACUUAGGAAGUACCUAGUUGAUUACCCAAAAAUGUAGCUAUACUUGUUAUAAACAGGCAUCGUAAAGUGCGAGCAAAAUUCAUUGAAGUACUAGGGUUGUUACUUAAAUAUAUAUGGAGGAAUGUAUUUAUUUAUCAUUAAUAUCAUUAUAUUGUUAAAUUACACUUAUCAGUGUCUAGGUAACCUAGACACUGAUAAGUGUAAUUUAUGAUAUUAAACAAAAACUUCUUGGAAUUGAUAAAUAUAUGGUCUAUAGAUUUACGAACUAGUAUGUUCUCGUCAUGAUUGUCAAUGUGACUCCGUCAAGUAUUGGUUUUGUUUUAUGGAGUGUGGAAUUAAGAGGAGUGACAUCUAUUAGAGUAGAACUGUUGCAAAAGUGUCUAGCUGUCAGCUAUAAAUAAUAGUUCCAAAUCUCUCCAGAGUAGCGCUAUAGUAGCUAAGAACCUAGGCGUGAAAGUCAGAAUGGCGGGUGUACCUAAAUAAAAAUAAUUGAAAAGCAUACCAUAUUUUUGUACCUAAUUUGUACUAUUAAGUACCUCCAUUAAAAAAAUUGAACCUCACGGUACGUAAAGUUAUCAUCAAAAAACAGUACACCCGCCGUCCCGACAGUCAGAAUGGCGGGUGUACUUUAUUACGCUAUGUUCCCGUGGUUAUUGAUAAAAUCUAUAAAAGCCAAAUUUUUGCACCUUUUUUGUACCUUCAUAUUCAAUUAUAAUACGAGUCAUUUUAUUUGUGGUUUCCAAGUUUUACUCAUUUUAUAUUUUGCUUGCUAUUACAAUUUAGCAGGCGUUGAACUUGUUUAUGAAUUGAAAUUGAAUAUGAAGGUACAAAAAAGGUACAAAAAUUUGGCUUUUAUAGAAUUUAUCAAUAACCACGGGAACAUAGCGUAAUAAAGUACACCCGCCAUUCUGACUGUCAGGAUGGCGGGUGUACUGUUUUUUGGUGAUAACUUUAAGUACCGUGAGGUACCAAUUUUUUUAAAGGAGGUACUAAAUAGUACAAAUUAGGUACAAAAAUAUGGUAUGGUUUUCAUUUAAUUUUAUUUAGGUACACCCGCCAUUCUGACUCUCACACCUAGGCGCUAUUGACGGAGUGAAGUGCGCUGUCUAUGAUUUGAUUUUUUUGUUCAUGUAUUCUAGGUAUUGUAGCGCCACCUAUUUAAGGUUUUUUGGUACAUGGAGAUUUAUUUCCUUACCUCCACCUUCCGUAUUUUGUUUGUUUGCGAAAAUUAUUACUCACUAUCCCAAGUGAAAAAUUUGGAGAGUUUUGGAUAAAAAUUGUAAAUAAAAUACAAAAAAUAACCAUUAAACUGUAAUAAUAACAUUAAACUGAGAUUCAGAUUCUGUUCAGUUAUAUUUAUUUGUAUUAUUUUAGUACAUAAUAUUGUCAUUCAUCAAUUUAGAACCAUCGGCAUCCCUAACUGGUUGUCAUACGUCAUGUCAAUGGAUUUCGCUCGCAGUUUACGAUGAGGUUAUAAAUAGCUUUAUCCCCUUACUUCUAUACCUAUUUACUUAAAUCCUUAAUCACAGCAAGACUGAGUUAUACAAUACCGUUAAAGAUUUUGUCACUGUUAAGUUCUUCCAGAUUUGUAACUAAUCACAAAUAGAAAUUAAGAAAUCUUUACCUUCACUUGCGUUACGCAGGACGACAGCUAUUUCAAAAACCGUCGGUACCUAAACCUACCUAGUCGAUUGGAAACUACCUCUCUCUCUCUGUCUUUUAUUUACCAUAGCGUUUCCGGUAGCACACUCAGGUACUGCUCCGGUCCUGGGUCCGCCAAAACAGGGCGGCUACACCGGGAAAAUCGAAAUUCGUCAAUUGCGGGCAUUUUUCUCUGUCACUCUAAUUACGCCUUAGUGAGAGUAAAAGAGAAAGAUCCCCGCAAUUUGCGAAUUUCGGUUUUCGCGGUAGGCCCCCAGUAGUAGGUACAUCACCACGGAGACUAAACAAACUAACCUAAAACAGAAAAAUAAAUAAUUGGUAAAAUUAAUUUACUUAAGAGGCUGUCAAUACCUAAAGCGCGCACACUGUCUAUUUGUAUCGGAGUAAAUGAGAUAGCACUGACGCAUGUUACUGGGCCUGGGCAAGGGAAUAAUAAGAAAAAAUUUUAAUAAAAAAAAGGGGAUUAUUAAUGUAAUAUUUUACUCAACCACGGUUUAGAUAUAAAUGUUUUGAAAUUGUGAUUUUAAUUGCAGACCCAUAAGUCAAAACAAUAAAGACAUAAAACCGUUUAAUUGUGAUUUUAAGACCAAUCUUUGCAAUUAUUUUCUAUCGAGCCGAUUUCGUUCAAUCAUGUAUCGAGUACAACCAAGGUCUUUGAAAUAUAAUUAAUAUGAACAUAUAUUUUUCUUACUUGACUAAAACAAAUAGUCUUUCUUAAAAAACUGUUUAAGUAACAUCAAUUUCAAGGACAUUGGGUGUUGACAGCCUCUUAAGGUUAUUUAUUAUUUAUUUAAGGUUAUUUCAUGAUACGCGACUCGAUCUCUAAUCUCAAUCCCGAAUGUCCCAUCUCGAUCUGAAUACUGUACUGAAGGGAUUUUUAAUUCAAAAUGAUUGAAGGCUUUAAAUUGAUACACAAAAGCUACUUAAUUGAUAAUCCCACAUAAAAUUUAUUUUAAAAUUUGUUAAUAAGUGUACAAAUUUCAAAUAAUAACAUGAUAAUGAUGAGUGAUUAAUGAUCAUUUUACUCAAUGUUCAUAGCAAGGAGCUAGCUUUGUCACACCUAACCUGACUAUAAAUCUUAUCUUAUACCUUUAAACGAGCAAUUCUUGUAUAUAUAUAUAUAUAUUUCUGUGAUCUCGGAAACGGCUCUAACGAUUUCGCUGAAAUUUGGUAUAUUGGGGUUUUUGGGGGUAUACAAUCUAUCUAGAUUAAUCUUAUGUUUGGGAAAACGCGUGUUUUCGAGUUUUCAUGCGUUUUUCUUUCGACGCAGAAUAUGGUCGCUAAUUUCGAGUUGCCGGCCACUGUCCGUCUGGUUUAGCGGGUUAUAACGCGGACUGCUAAGCGAGUGUUACGGGUUCGAAUCUCGCCCAGUGACUAACUUUUGUUUUUUUUUUAUAUGUUCAAGUUUAUUUUUUAUAGUUAUAACCGAGCAAAGCUCGGUCGCCCAGGUACUAAAAGUAGGUACAUUAAGUAAAGUAUUUCAAAACGGAGGAGUAACUUAUAAUAAGUGUCACCUACUGGGCUGUAUCACACUGACGAUAACCAUGCGAGCCUGUUUCAUGCGAAACUAUGUGUAUAUAAUGAGUGAAGAGAUCCGGUCAAUACGGUUAAUUGUUGAAUGGAAUACGGGUAGCAAAUGCAUGAACUCGCAAAAACACUAAUUAAUGAGUAUAAAUGCCAGCCACAUUACCCCUAAGUCACACUUAUCCGUUUUGACCUUAUUUAAAUUAAAUAUAGGAAUAUGUACCUAUAUUAAUAUCAUGUUGGUUAUACCUAUACUUUUUACAAGCUUUUAUUUAACUUCCAAUGUAUGUAUGUAACUAUGUUUGUAUGAGUGAAAUCUUGCAAGUUAAAUUUGACCUCGUUUCCAUUGAAGCUGAAAAUUUGCAUACAUAUGUAAGGUACCAUCAAGCCAAUCUGAUGAAGGAGACAGGAGGUGGCCAUAGGAACUCUGUGAUAAAACAAAACAACGCAACCUAAUUUUGUCUGAGUUUGUUAGAAUAGUCUAGAUGAGUAUUAAUUGCCUGUUACAAGAGAAGUACAGUCAGCGAUAAAAGCUUGUAUCCAAAAUUGAAUUUUUGACAGAAACUUUUUAAUUUGAUUACGCCUCAUAUCCGCUUCCAUGUCAAAUUAGUUGAUGCCUGUGAUUGCUCCCGCUGAAAUAUGUUAAUUUGACAGCGCACACGGUUUGUUCUAAACAUGCGCGCUAAUCGACGGUGUGUUAAACUCUAUAGGACCUUUAAUUCUAAAUCACUUCUGUUAAUCUGCAAAGUUGUUCUUCUACGUUUACAAUAAUAUGAAUAAUAUGUUUUGUUUUUUAUAUAUCGACGAUGGAGUUAGGCUGUAGGUGGUGUUGUAAAUUAGACUGGGUCACCUAAUUUAAUGAAUUAGAACUUCUGUAUAUAUGUUACUUACAAGAAUCAAUUAGGUGAUAUUAUUACUAUUGCAUUUGACUGCUCACGACCACCGAACAUGAAUAAGUACAUAUAGCCUUAUUAAAUGAUAAGCUUACUGCAAUCUACAUAACGCGAACAAUGUUAGUACGUUGUUUGAUCCUCCCUUGUCUGCUCACCAAGUUGGCCUGAGUAGCAAGGCGCGGCAACAUCCAUUGAAUCUUACCUACUCGCAAUGUUUGGCAUGGCGAGUAACGCGGAUGAUUGCAUAGCUAAGCUACUACGUUGUCAGUUAUUUUAUUUUUAUAAGUAAUAUAAUAGUAUUACUUUUUAGCAUAGUUUUUAGAGGAAUGUUAAUUAUAUGCAAUAAUUCUACUAACACUCCGCUUCUCGUAGAAAUUUACUCUAAUUAGAAAGUUGGCCAGCACGCGACACUCCCGUGUACUCUUUACUCUAUAGAAUAUAUCAACAUAGUACCUAAUUUUCAUGUAAAUACUCAUCCUUUAAAAAGUAGAAACGUUAUAUACCUUAACCCUAAAUACAAUAAAAGUGCUUACUAGCGUGCUUAAUAAUUGAAGAGUCAUUCAUGUGCAUUAGUAGCAAUUUUACAAAGGAACUAAAUCAGUUACCACUUACUAUUAAGGUAGCGCAUUGAUAAAAUAGAACAGUGUACAUAGUACAUAGCACGGAGCGAGUUUGGGCGCGGGCCCCGGGCGAGGCGCGGGCCUGAGCUCGUCUCGGCAGAACGUAGAAGAACAUCGCUGACGACUUGUAAGAAGAGAUGCUCAUUGUCUUGUUUCAUCGAAUGCUGAGGAUCUUUCUGUCCUAAGAAAAUUAUUGAAUGUUAAUAUUAUAUUGUAUAGUUAAAUCGAUAUACCUAGUCAUCGCGGUUCUAGCAGGCGCUCUUAUUAAAACCUAUAGAUUUACCUAUCUAAGUAUCUAUAAAGUAUUCCUUAAGUACUCUUAAAGUUAAUGUAUAACGUCAUAACUGUUAACGUAAAGUCGCCUGUUUCAUCUAGCGAAAAGUUAUUCGCUUAAUCAUUUGGAAAUUGUUGCCUUGAAAUAUGUUAAUCACCGAGGACUGGUUGUUUCAGCUUUGAAUGAUCUCACAAUUAUACUUAUUAGAAUAUUGUAACGAUACGUUAAGUGUUUUAUAUUUCAACAAUAUGCGCAAAUUAAACGCGUGCAUCAUUAUAAAAUGUAAUUUUGUCUGUGAUCGAAAUUUUAUAUUAUUAAGCUGAAGAUUAAGCGCACGUUAUACCUAAUAUUGUUUUAAUACUUACUGCUAAAAAUUGUAUACCUACCUUUACCUACAUUCUGCGAGUUGAUGCUUAAUGUCCGUGGAAGCUAAGUUUGCACACACUUGAACGAAAUAUUCAUAUAAAUUUUAUAUUAAUGAUAUGGCAUCAUUUUGUCAUAUUAUAUCAUAUGCAGAAUUAGUUUGGUCCGACUUCUAAUAAGAUUUGAGUAUAGAGGUAAUCCUCACACUGUACAAAUAUGAUACCAACACGGUAUAUAUAUACCGGGUGUGCGGGGUGUGACACGAGCAAAUUUUGGCAGUACUUUGCAUCUUAGAAUAAACUUAAAAGUGUGCUAAAAAUACAAUCACUAGUUAUUUUUAAAAGUCGCUGAAUAAAUGUUGUUCAGUUUGAGGAGUACAGCCUACAGUUUAAUUUUUGCUCCGUUCGCUGAACGUAAAGCAAUUACUUAAACCCGUUAACGUUUAGGUCAUACUGAGCAACUUUUACUAUGCGACCAACCGCGAAAUCGCGAAAUAAAAAUUAGCUGUUUCAUACAUGCUGCUGGUCUGAUGUUGAAAUUUCCUUUGGGAGAGUCAAAUUAUUUUUCGCGGCUUCGGGGUUGGUCCCUUAAUAAAAGUUACUCAGUAUACCUAAACGGUAACGGGUUUGCUUGCUUGCUUUACAUUCAGAUAUGAGUACAUACCAGUGUGAAAAAGACGGACUCAGAUUGAUAUCACAUUGGUUAUUAUAUUUAAAAACUAGCUGACUAUGGAACCCUAAAAAUACACAUAAUAAGAGCCCGCGCACAUAGAGAAAGGUUUACGAAGGCAAAUCUUGCGUUUCUUUUCUUUUUUAACCGACUACAAAAAAGAAGGUUAUCAAUUCGGCCGUAUUUUUUGUAACGAAACGAUUUGGAAAAUUAUUUUUUUAUUUACAAGUAUGUUCCAAGUUGCUUCCAUUUUGUAAAACCCAGUUCUGAUGAUGGGAUCAUCAACAAACCCAACUGACUGUUUAGUGUUCGUGGCAGACAAGAACGAGACUUGCAGAAUGCUGCAUCACUCAUAACGAAAACUUCAAACUAUAAAUGGAAAUACAAAAUUAAUCAUACGGAUUGAUUACGUUAUAACUUAUAACAUCAAGUUAUAUCUUUCUGUGUUCUAGUCAAACGAUCCUGAUGUACCUACUUAUAAAAAUGUAUUAAAAUAAUAUUAGUUUUACUGUCGUAAUUUCAUGCCAAGCCAUUUUUUUCUAUAUCAGUGGCGGUGGACAUCAUGGCGUUCUGGCGGUCUUUGUUUCAACGGGCAAAGAACUCGAGAACGCCGGCGAUCUCUCUGACCGCCGUGGGCUGAUCGCUUCUUAUGUGGGUUAUAGCUAGGAGCUACCUAUGUACAUGCAAAUAACGCAGAACUCAUAACGCAAAUUCCAGAUCGCUCUGUGUGUGUGCGGACUUUACAGCUUCGGCUAAGUUUGAUCACCUCGUCAAGUGCUUGCAAACCGUGCAGACUGUUGUAAGUUGUUACUUGCAGAAUGUAUUUAUAUAAAUAUAACUCUCAAUUGAAUUAUUUACUUAUCAUAGGAAAACACUUCGAAUUAUUCAAUCUCUCUAAUUAUUGUUGUGGCAAUAAUACAAUGUAAUAUUUUGUUAUUUACAAAAAUGUUGUAUCAUAGCAUGUUGCGUGUUGCUAGUAAACUACUAUAAUGUUAGUUAUAACUGCGUAGUCCAAAAUUGCCGGGUACUUAUAUAUACUAGUCACGAAUCAGGACAAAUAUUACCUAAUUUUUAAAUUAAUUACAGUAUUUUAUUUGCUCUGGGUAAAAAAAAAGAAAUAUUUAUUUGGACGGCUGCCAUAUUAUGUAGGUACAUUUAGCAUAUCGUAUCUUUAAAUGUCAAACAAAGUUGGAAGCUCAAGAUUAUAUUUCUGUAUAUCCUGGAAAUAUAGCUUGCUUGACAUACGAUGCUAGUGAGAAUACACUCGUGCUCGUCAAGUAUUUAUUAGCUUAACAGCCUAAGCCAUCCAGCAGCUUUGUGUGGUAUAAGUACAUAUUUUAUGUAUUAAACAUGUUUAACUCUGUCCUAUGUCAUUUUUCCAUUAGAAGAGCCAUAAUUAUGCUUAUAUAGUUGACACCAUCGUGGUAUAGGUAAAUAGGUAUUGCAGAAAAUGUUAAUUUCUCUUAUCAGGUUGCCGAUUUAGGAAGUUAUAAUAUUUCUAGGACUAUCAAAUAGUGUAAAUUGCCACUACAUUAACAUCACUAGUCUUGUCUAAUAUCCAUUUUGAAACUACUGCCUGCCCCUUACCUUUUACAAGUAACCUGAAAGAGUAGGUUUUUCGGGUUUCAGUCUGCUGUAAUUCCUAUUAACAAAAAUUUUGUUAGGUACCUACUCAUGCGCAUCAUACCUACUUAGAUGUCAAAAAGUAGUACCUACAUGGUGCUGGAUUUCAUUAACUAUAAGGGAUUCACCAACGAUGCUAUUUUACGCUUUCUUAUGAGGUAGGUAUUUUGUAAUUGAGUCGUGGCUAGGUUUACUGUUGAACUACUUCAUUUCACGGUUAGGUAGCUCCCUAACGAAUAAUAUUCUGAAUUAAUUUAUCAACUGACUGGAAAUGAUAAUUGUAAUAGUUUGUUUACGAAUAAAUCACAAAAAACAUGCUUUAUACUUUUUAUACAACAUUAUUGUUGAACAUUUGUUCAUUAAAUAAAUAUUGUUAUGAGUACCUAUACAAGUCGUACAUGCUAAUGAUUUGUAUGUACUAGUCAUUUUAAACAAAGCACAUUACUUAGUCACAUAGUUAACGGAAAUUUUGCCUUCAUUGAACAGCGCAAAGAUAUUGUGGAGUAUAACGUUCAGUGAAAUUAAUAAAAGAUCACGCACAUGCGA